AAUGGUGAAUGGUGUUGUUGUUCAUGAGGUUGUAUUAAUACGAUGUCGUUUGUCUGCUCAAUUUGUAGCUCCCCAUGGAUGAUGAUUCAUUGAACAUGCCCAAUUGGGGAUACUAUGAGGCCUCGUUUAAAGGCCAUCUUGGCCUGCAGCUCAUGACAAGCAUGGGUGAGCGUGACACGAAACCUUUUAUACCCGGGCGUGAUCCUCCAGUCAUGGUUAGCGCCAAUGGAUAUCAUCCACGGGAUUGUGUUGUACAGGAUGCUCCUGUUCCGAUGAGCAACUAUAUGAGGGAGAGUUGGAUUAGCCAGAGGGAUAAGUUUCUCACUAUGAUGCCGGCCAAUCCUAAUUAUGGUGUUAUCCCGGAAACUUCAGCCGCACAGCACGCCAUGCAGAUCUUACAACCACCACCUGAUAUAUCAAGGGAUGAGAGGGUGAACAGAAUGGAAGAGCCAGUUGUCCACAAGGAAGGUGGCCCUUCAAAGAAAAGGCAGAAUGGUGGUGCCCCGAAAGCCCCAAAGGUGAAGAAGCCAAGGAAGCCAAAGGAUAAUAGCAACCCUGCGGUUCCACGUGUGAAGCCCGCAAAAAAGAGUUUCGAAGUUGUCAUAAACGGAAUUCCUUUGGACAUUUCUGGCAUUUCAAUUCCAGUUUGCUCUUGUACGGGAACUCCCCAACAGUGUUAUCGGUGGGGCUGUGGUGGUUGGCAAUCCGCCUGUUGCACUACAAAUGUGUCUAUGUAUCCUUUGCCAAUGAGCACUAAACGGCGAGGUGCUAGGAUAGCUGGAAGAAAAAUGAGUCAAGGUGCUUUUAAAAAGGUAUUGGAGAAGCUUGCAAGUGAAGGUUAUAACUUUGCUAAUCCAAUUGAUUUGAGGACUCACUGGGCAAGACAUGGUACGAACAAGUUUGUCACAAUCAGGUAAAGUUGCUCUGGUCGGUGCCAUUAGUGGAGAUUCCAUUGCAUUUGUUCUGAUUCACCUGUAUAUAUUUCUGUGGCAAUUUGCAGAGAUCUAUCAGUUAAUUGUAGUCCUUGAGUUUCUGUCUUGACUGUAUACUUAGAAUUUCGAAUUGUUCUUUUGUUUAUGUUGUAAUUUCGGCUAUGUGAUAAGAGCAGAUUUUUCUGGCCCCAGGAUUAUGC